CGGCCGGAAGCGCGCGCAGCCGUUACCAGGGCCCGGAACCCGCGCGGCUGCCCGGCGCCGCACGUCCGUGCUUUUGGCGGGGCGGGGAAGCGCGGCGUCAAAUUUCAAAAAAAAAAAAAAAAAAAAAAAGCCUCCCAAACCCACCGCCCCGCGCGAUGGGCGCCCCGUGGCUGCGGGGGCGAGUGGAGGAUGCUGGGAAGUAGGUAACAUGGCCACCGGCGGCGGCCCCGAGGAGGAGAGGAAGCGGGGGCGCCCGCAGCUGCUGCCCGCCGCGCGCCCCGCGGCCCGCGCCGAGGAGCCGGCGGGCGGCCGCGGGAAGCUGGGCUGGGCGCAGGUGGUGAAGAACCUGGCCGCGAACAAGGGUGAGUUCCGCGAGUCGCGGCCGCCGCGGCGCGAGGAGGAGAGCGGCGGCGGCGGGGCGGGCGCGCUGGGCGCCCUCGCGGGCCUGGCGGCGCCGAGCCUCGGCGACUUCCCGCCGGCCAGCCGCGGGGACCCCAAGGGCCGGCGGAGGGAGCCGGCGGGCGAGGCGGCGGACCCCCGCAAGAAGAAAGGCGCCGCGGAGGCCGGCCGCCGGAAGAAGGCCGAGGGGGCGGCCAUGGCGACGCCGUCCAGGCUCGGCGCGGCCGCGGGCGCGGCGGAGGACCCCCCGCAGGACGCGCUGGGGGCGGCGGCGGCGGCGGCGGCGGGCUCGGCGGCCGGGGGCCCGGGCAAGGGCCGCUUUCUCGUGCGCAUCUGCUUCCAGGGCGACGAGAGCGCCUGCCCCACCCGGGACUUCGUGGUGGGCGCGCUCAUCCUGCGCUCCAUCGGCAUGGAGCCCGGCGACAUCUACGCCGUCAUCCAGAUCCCCGGCAGCCGCGAGUUCGACGUGAGCUUCCGCUCGGCCGAGAAGCUGGCGCUGUUCCUGCGCGUGUACGAGGAGAAGCGCCAGGAGGAGGACUGCUGGGACAACUUCGUGGUGCUGGGCCGCGGCAGGGCCAGCCUCAAGACGCUCUUCAUCCUCUUCCGCAACGAGACGGUGGACGUGGAGGACAUCGUCACCUGGCUCAAGCGCCACUGCGACGUGCUGGCCGUGCCCGUCAAGGUGACCGACCGCUUCGGCAUCUGGACCGGCGAGUACAAGUGCGAGAUCGAGCUGCGCCAGGGCGAGGGCGGCGUCCGCCACCUCCCGGGCGCCUUCUUCCUGGGCGCCGAGCGCGGCUACAGCUGGUACAAGGGGCAGCCCAAGACCUGCUUCAAGUGCGGCUCCCGGACCCACCUGAGCGGCAGCUGCACGCAGGACCGGUGCUUCCGGUGCGGGGAGGAGGGCCACCUGAGCCCCUACUGCCGCAAGGGCAUCGUGUGCAACCUCUGCGGCAAGCGGGGGCACGCCUUCGCGCAGUGCCCCAAAGCCGUGCACAACGCCGCCAAUGCCGCCGCGGCGCCCCCGCUGCCGCCCGGGGUGGCCGGGCACUGAGCAUGCCCGUCCGCCUGCCUGCCUGCCAGGGUGAAUCCAGAGCCAGUUUACCUACCCCCUCGUUAAGUGCCAAAACCUUUUUUGAAACCGUUUUCUAUCGUGUUUGAAAGAGACUUUUUAAAACAAGAGAUAUCUCUCUCUAUCUCUGCCUUGAACCGAGUUUACUCCAUGUCAGCCUUUUCCGAAUUGGUGACUGUCAUUCGUAAUGACUUACCGACAGCGGUUAGUGUGCAGCGAGGUCGCCAGUCCCUCUAUUGAAUUUUCUUGUCUUCGGUUUUUUUGUAAUUGGGGGACGGGAGGUUUGUACUUGUUCCUCCCUAUAUGCCUUGUCUUCUCCCCGAGUUUUCACCCUUUUGGGGGCUGCCUCGCUCAACUUGAUGGCCCAGCACUAUGUGCGGGGCCCAGCACGUGGUAGACACUGCGCUCCAUCCGUGUUUGUUGACUUGAAAACGUUUUUUGACUGUGACUUCUGUCAGGAUGUCUGGCUUGUGCAGCUCGUCCCCUCCUCCCCCUUACCAUUUGCUGCUUCUAAUCCGUGUGGUCUGAGAAUUUGUGAAAAACCAGUGUUGUUAGAAGUGUCUGUAACCUGAGUCAAUAAGCUCUGAACGUGGCCAAGGGUCUCUCUUUAUGGCAUUAAAAAAUACAUAGACUUUGCGACAGCUCUUUCGGUGGCUUAGAAGAGCCACAAAAGUAUGGAUUCUAGAAUGUUCCUGUCGGAAAGAACCUAAAAAUUGGUUUACACCAAUCCCCAGGUUUUCCAACAGUGAAACAGGCCCAGAGGUUAAAUGGGUCAAAAAUCACAUACUAUUAAUAGCUGUCUGGUGCCGGAGCCAGCCUAGAGUUCCCUGACCCCAAGGCCAGUGCUCAUUCCACUACCUCUCACACUUCACAACAUUUUCCUCAACACUUGAGGGCCCAGAAAGUCUGAUCUCUCCAGAACAAUGUGCCAUCUGGGCCAGAAAGCAGAAAAAGGAAGAUUCAGCAGGGGCUUCUGCAUACUGGGGAGACAUAAUCCAGGGCGCUCUGGUUCCCUUGGGGUAUCCCACCUGGAUUAAAGUGUGCCUGGUCCUUUGGGGGCCUCCCCCUUCCCCAUUUGCUGCCACCAGCGAGAAACGGGUGCUCCUGUGUAAGGAAACCUAGCCAAGGUUUACAUUUGCACCUUAGUCUCCAUAGUUAGGCAUUAGACACCCCAGAGAAGCAGCGAAUGGAGUUCAUCUGCAGACUCCUGACUCUCAGGAGAAAGGCUGUUUGAACCCAGAAUUAUGUGAGUUGUUAACUCUGAAAUGUACUUGUGAAAUAGGCCAUGCGAGAGAGCAUUGGGUCAACUGUUAUCAAGUUAAAGGAGAAUAGACAAUACACUACUUCGGGUUUUUGUCUUCCCUUUGCGUUAAGUUUUGCUAUUUCCUUGUGGCUUGGAAUGUAAAAUCCAUUGUUAAAAGUUUUGUUUGAAUAAAUAUUUAUCUUUUGUAUUGCUAA